CUGCUGAAGGGGAAGCCAUUCCCAUAAUGACGUCAAGAUUCCGCAGAUUAAAAAAAGUAAAAUCUUCCGGGUGUGAAGUAUCCAUCCUGUUAUCGCGAAUUUUCGAAAUAAAUGAUAGAAUGUACCACUGACCACUGAUUGAACUUCCGAGCUGUUUCUGAUUAGUUUUGACUUGCUUAUUAUUUAAAUUAACUUUCUAGUGUAUGUACUGACUCUAUGCAGACAAUUCACGCCAUGACGUCAUUUUCGAUUUUAUUUAAGUAAAUGUAAAAGUUUCUUUGCUAGAUUCACUCCCCUUUUUUUUUGUUUAUUUAAUAAAUUUAGUAUUAAUUUAAUAGUCUAAAUUUUCUCUGUAGUACUUUGUUUAAGUAAAACUAUCGUAUGCCUAAGCCUGUCAUUUAGGUAUUAGUAAUAGCUAUUUGAGGUUAAUUGCAUUGCAACUAGUCAAAAUAUGUUUAUUUUAUUAAGUCUAGCUUAAGUUUAACUUAACUUAACUAAGUCUAGUCUAAGUCUAAGUCUAACUAACCGAGAACCUAAAAAAGGUACGUUAAAAAGGCCAAGUUCCAAUCAUCAAUCAUACUCAUACUCAAUGAUACUCAAUGAUUGCCAAUCAAUGAGUUUGAACGAGCAAUGGCUGACAUUACUUAAUUAUUUAGUAAAGAAAAUUAGUGCUAAUAAUCUAAUGUGGCGGCUUUUUAUAACACUGAAUCUGAAAUUAUAUGCAUUAUGCCAUGCCUUAUUAAAUUGAGACCAGACAAAAACUUAAGUCAAGUCAGUAUAUAAAAGACAGUAAAGAGUAGACUGAGUAAUGCUUAGUAGUAAUAGUAUAUUAUUUUAUUUAAACAGUAUGAUUAUGAUGAGUAUUAUUAUUAUGAGUAAAGUUAAAGUGUAAAGUAAAAGUAACCAACUAAGUCUAAGUCAUAGUUAUCUACUAAUAAGUCUAAGUACUAAGUUGUAAUUAUUAUUAUUUACAUAUAGUAUAGGCCUAUAAGUGUUAGACCGUGUGUAAGUCAUGCAGAAAGAAGUCAAAGACCAGAUUGUGGCUACGAUCUAUGGACAAUGUGUGGGAGACGCAUUAGGUUUGCUGACUGAAUUCAUGACAAAAAUUGAUGCAAAAAAGGUAAAUUUGCUACACAAAAAGACUGUUCACAUUUUUAAAAAAAAUUAAACAACACCUGAAUUAACUUAAGUAACUUAAUUAUGUUCCAGCUUUUUCAUGACUCAUUAUUAGCAACCAUAAAACCUGUCAUUCAAAAUGUUUUUAUUUUAAUCCAAAAAAAAAUGUAUAAUAAUAAAGGUAAAAAUAAAUUUUAAUUAUAGACAUAUAGUAGACUUAAGUAGGCUACUUAAGACUAAAACAGUAAAUUGGCCCUCAUAGUCAUCCCUUUCCCCUAUCUUUUCUACCAAUUUUUUGUCCUUCAAAAUUUCAAAUCUUUAUUUUAUUCAGCCAACUGAUAAUAAAUUAAAAUUGUUAGAAGAACAUGAGGAAACACCUUUUUUGUUCCACAGUAUUAUGGCAGGAGACCAAAAGACUUGAAAUAUUCACAAAAAGUUCCAGAUUUUCAUAGAAGUAGAUGGCAGGAAGGGGAUUGGACUGAUGACAGUGAUCACAUGAUUGUCAUAAUGCAGUCCAUUCUCAACAAUAAAGGCCAGGUAAGUUAUUCAUUGCAUUCCUAACUUAAAUUUUUUUAAAUGUAAUCUUAUUAAAUUAUAAAUUCCAUUUUAGAAGAUUAAGACCUAAAAUUGAAGUUGCUGAUAAUUAAUCAAAUAAUAUCUUUGAAAUAAAUAAUCUCCAACAAAAAAUUAUAAAUUUUAUAAAAGCUUGUUUUACACGUUGACAGUAAAGUAUUUGAUAGACCCAAAUGCAAUAAUUAUACAGAAUGUUUUGUAUUAUUUUUAUUGAUAACUUAUGAAUUUAUACAGAUUCUAUUCAAACAUUUUAAAAUGCAUUUUUUUAUUUUAGAUUUUGGUCACUGACUUUGCCUUAAGGAUAAAGCGAUGGAUGGAGCAAGGAUUUCCUGAACUAGGAGACUAUGGUGGGAUGGGAAUCGGCAAAACGACAAGCACAGUGUUAAAGCAUCACAAUUUCACCACAGAUCCCCAUAAGGUUUAUAAAAUAAACAAUGUCAUUUGCUUCUGAGGGUAUCAAUGUUGUAGUAUAAGCUUUCUUUUUAUUUGUCCAGAGCAUUUUUAUGAAUGUAUAUUAGUGUAGUUUAUAUAGGAAUUAUUAGUUUAAUUUUGUAAAACUAGUUUGAACUUUGAUGAAGACAACUACUGCAUUUCAGGUAUCUUAUGAAUGCUGGGAUAACAGUCAGCGUAAUAUAGCCCCUAAUGGAGCUGUGAUGAGGACCUCAGUAUUGGGGAUACACCAUUUUGAUGAUUUAGAGGCAGUAGUAUCCAACACAUUAGAUAUUUGUAAAACUACCCAUGCUGAUCCCAGGUAAAAUUGAACAGGUACCACAUAUAAUUAAAUAUAUAAUAAUGUAACCAUUGCUUCACUGCCCAAUUAAUCAAACUAGCUUCUUCAGCAUUGAUGUAACAUUUAUUCAAAUUAAAUUUAGGCAGUGAACUCCAUCUUAACUUUCUAUUGCAAAUAGGGAAUUGUGAUUGUUAAAUAUAAUUCUUCAUUUCACAAGAUGUGUAAUGAUUUUUAUUUUUUAAUGUUUUAUGUUACCUUAAACUUUUUUGGGAAUACGCAUUUUAUUUUUGAUCAUAACAUCAACAUUUUCUUUAACACACCAAUAAACAUUUUAAUGAACAUUUAAAUAAACAUUUUUUUUCUACCUCAAUGGAAUAGAUGCCAAGCCUCUUGUGUAGCAGUCAGUGUGUGUAUAUCACUCAUGCUGCAACACACAGCUAAACAGAGUCCUGAUCAGAAGAGCCAACUAGAUGUUGAGUCACUUGUGACAAAAUCUUAUGAACAAGCUUGUCGGGUGCUAGGAACUGAAGAAGAGGUAACUGAUAAUUAUUAUUCUGUUGUAUCUCAUCUUAUGAUCAUUGUCUGCAGUUUAAUAUGAGACUUAUUUAGCCAUCAGUUAAAGUUAAAAUUACCAGUGGAAAACACUAGUAGUAGUAGUAGCCCGACAUUUAUGUUUCACUUGACUUUUGGAGUUCAAAGUUUAAAGUAUUUUCCAGCAUCACAAACUUUGUGUCCUUUAAAUAUCCAAGGCUCCAUACAGCCACAGGGGCUGCAGGUCCCAUGCAACGGCUCUGAUUUUAAAUAAUAUAUUGUUUAAUAAUUAUUCUUUCUAACUAAUUAUUGAUGAAUUUUUAACAUUUGUAAUAUUGAAAGGAAUCAGGAUUAUGCUGUGUAGAAUUAACUAGAUGUGUUUGUUACAUCUUUUGAUUUUUCUUUUUUUUUGCAAAAGGGUUUGUUUUUUUUGCCAAUUAUGAAAAUCUCAUAUUGCAAAGCUUCUUGCUUUUUUUUUUUUACCCUGGUGUAAAAAAUAUAUUUUCAGAAGAAAGAGUUGUUCUUUUACAUGAAUUGUUCAAAACUUAAAAAACUGCAGUUGACAGAACCAGGCAAGAUAGGCUAUACAUACAAAUGUUUGGGUGCAGGAUUCUGGGCAUUGAGGCAGAAAGACUUUAAGAAGGCCAUGAUCAAGCUAAUAAUGGAGGUAGUCAAGUCCACUCAUUUAUUUUUAUAUCAGGUUGUAACUUUGAAUUCAGCUGAGUGAUAAUGCUCCUCAUUAAUACUAAUUUUCAUCCCAUUUUUUUUUUAUAAAGAACAAGUUUUUUUUUAUUUCAUAGGGGGGUGAUGCAGAUACAAAUGCAGCUGUAGCUGGUGCCAUGUUGGGCUGUGCACUUGGUAGAUCUGCAAUACCUGACUUAUGGAUUACAGGUCUCAAACACAGGGAAUGGCUUAGUGGCUAUAUUGACAGGUGAGAUUAAUGCUGGUAAUAAAUACUCAUGACAGACAGAAACCAGGGGGCAGACAGUGCAUAGUUGACCAAGACUGAGAUGGAUUGAUAAUGUGGAGACAGAUUUAAAAUACUGAAGGGUCCGCGGAUGGAGACGAAAAGCGAUGGCUUGGUCUGAAUGAAAGGAUGUGUUGCAGCAGGUCGGAGCCCAAAGUGGGCUGUAGAGCCAUUUAUGACAUAUGACUAUUAUGAAUAAUUACUGAUGGAGAUGCACCAUUUUUUUUUCUACAUCAUCAUUAUAAGUUUUGAUAUUCCCCAAAGACAAGGAAAACAUUUGAAGUCUUUUUCUUUUUCAUCGUAAACCACUUCUAUCAUAGUUUAGCCAAAAAUAAAUGUAAACUUAGUAAUUGUCUUUUUUUUUUUUAAUUGUUCAAUUUCAAUCACACACUAGAAGAUUUUGUUCAUUGGAACAUAAAAAAUAGGAAAUGCCUUUUCCUGCUACUGUCCUGUGAAUUUCAGGUUUCUGAAACUGCAAGAAGAGAUGAAGCUGCCAGUCCAACAGCGAAGCUGUUAUGAGGACCUUGACAUGAAUCUGCUCACAGAAUCUGAUGCCAGAUUGAAAGAAGAAAGAGCGAUUGCUUUCAAAUUCAAAGCAGCUCAGAAAAGAAAUUGAAAAACAACAACCAGUGAUGCAUCCAAUAUUUCAUUAUUGGAUGAAAGCAUAAAUACUCUUGUGAAAUAUUCUCAUUGGAUGCAUUCAUUUUUAUGCAUACCAAUCUUUUCCUACCAUUAAAAAAGUAUUAUGUAUUCUAAAUAAGUAUACAAAUAAAAUUAAAAGUUUAUAUUUACAUAAAUGGUUCUCAAACUUUUUUGUACUGCAUCAGAUAAUGACUGGAAAAUAUGUAUAUAAUUAUAAUCUAGGGAUACAAUUUAAAUUUUUUCUAUUGUAAUAAAUAACAAUAAGAGUUAGUUAUUUUUUUUUUUAAAGAGACUUCUUGUGGAUUUGUCCAGCCAUAUAUUACAAGAAAGACUUUUAAAUUUUUUAUUUUCUUUAAUAAUUGAAAAUAAUCCCUGUCAUUAUUUUCUUUUUUAUUUGCCUAUCCGUUGUUGAUUUAAUAGUUUUAAGUAUAUUUUGCUGUAAUCAAUCAAUAAUAACCCUAACCAACGAAAAUGUACGUUUUUAAUUUUUAAAUAACUAAAUUUUAUAUUACAAAUAAAUUAUACAUUGCAGCAUUAUCAAUGAGUAUCACAUUGUCCCUGAACACUAUUAACUAUACAUAUCAAUUACUCUUUUUCAAUUUAAAUUAUUUUUAUUUCUUAAUAUUUAAUGUGAUAUUUAUAAACUAAACAUUUAUUGUAAAAUUCCAUUUGAUAUGUAUUCCACUCUUCAUGCGCAGAUGACUUUUCACUUUGUACCUUUAAAAAAAUGAUGAAUAAAUAUUUUUAUAUUCUUUUUUAUUUUUCUACCAUUACUUUUUUUUUGUUGGUUCCCUGUAAUUGAUUAAAAAAAACAAAUGUUCCACGCAUAAGAAUAUGCCAUACUUAAGCUUGUGUUCAUCGACGGGUAAUGGCUAUUAAUUUACAUUCUGAUCCCCC